AUUCGAGCUGGCCUUGGCCCAGUUUGGCUUCAGGUGUGUUGCCUCGUCAUUCACAUUUCGUAUUUUAAUUUUCAUGCUAUUCGCACAUUUCCUAUUCAAUUGUCACGUCAUGUUGCUUGUCAUUCGUAUAUGUCAUGUUUGAUUUUGGUUUCAUUCGUGCAUGUAAUUUGCAUGUACUUCAUCUCAUGUUGCAUGUUGUGCGUAUCAUAAUUCGAAUUAUAUUGUCACACAAUAGGGUCAUAUUAGUAUUCAAGAUUGUAAUUUAUUUUGCUCGAUUAGUUACUGGUCAAAUUAUAUUUUUUUUCAAAUCGUUUGCGAAUAAGCUUGGAGAAAUGCACAAUAAAUACAACACACGACUUAAUUGACGAGUUGUGUUUUGGAAAUGAUGUUAUGAGAGUGUAGGCCAUUUUCACACGCGUAACUGAACCCUUAAACUUCUGACUUGAUGGCUACACAUAUAGACCUAUCGCCUUGCAAAUGUCACUUCGGUAGCUUAUUUCCCUAUAAUUACCUAAGUACUCCAAGUAUCUUGCCUAUCAAUACCAAAUAAAAUCAGUUUGGUGGCAGCUCCAUUCAAUCAUUUUUAUAUAGUAGAUGAAAUUCGAACCUAGGAUGGAAAGAUCCUUAGAAUUUGGGUGCGAAUUGGCGACUUCUAAAUUGCAAAAUUUGGGCUGAAUUUUUAUAUGGACAGGCUAAGUUGCUUUCUUUUAAAGGUUUCUUCGAUUUUAUUAGAAAUUUUUAGGCUUGAACCAAUCCCACGCUUUUUGAAGGAUUAUAAGACCCUCGCAAAAAAUGGAUGGUCCACCACAUACAUCAAUGAAUGGGAGUGUACAAUGAGAACCAUCCGAAUUGGCCACGAUUGCAUAUGCGUGAUCCACGAUGACAAAUCCAAUAAUGCCAAAUUGGAGUCCCACUUCAACUUGGCUUUUCCUUCAAACGAUGAGAGACAACAAAAAAAAACCACUCCUUCAACAUAAUGGAGGCAGAACUGGAAGUCACAGCACACGUUCUAACCCUGUGUUGCUGUACAAUGUGUAAAGGAGAGGAGAGAUGAGGCUGAAGCAUAUCUCAUUCAGAACUUUGAAGCCUUUAAAAUAGGCAAAUACAUAACAGAAAUAUUACCAAAAUAGGACCCAUAACAACCCAUGAUCUGCGUAAAUCAAUUACUCCACUAACUCCUAAAAACUAGGACAACUAACAAACAAAUUAGCCAAAUGUGACUCCACUAACUCCUAAAGAUUAAAGAUUAGGACAACUCAAAAACAAAUCAGCUAAACGUGCAAGAAAAAAACAACUAUUAUUUCAACAGUUGCCACUCGAGGUUUCUCCUCCUCAACUUGCACUGGCUUCUCUCAAUUGCUAUAUAUACUACUAAUUAGAGAUAGAUAGCUAAGAAACAAGAAACACAAGAGAGACUUGAGAUCAGGAUGGAAAACAUGCAGAGACCCAUCAAAGUUCUGAUGUUACCAUGGCUUGCUCACGGCCACAUAUCACCAUUUCUAGAGCUAGCAAAGAGGCUUUCCACAAGAAACUUCCACAUUCACUUGUGUUCCACCCCUGUCAACCUUAGCUCUAUCAAACCCAAGAUUUCCGAUAAAUAUUCAUCCUCCAUUGAACUUGUCGAGCUUCACCUCCCAUCUCUGCCGGACCUUCCUCCCCAUUAUCACACAACCAAAGGCUUGCCUCCUCACCUCAUGAACACCCUCAAAGUGGCUUUCGACAUGGCAAGCCUCGGUUUCUCCGAUAUCGUCAAGAGCCUGGGCCCCGAUUUGCUCAUUUGCGACUUAUUCCAACCGUGGGCAGCAGAAGUGGCGAAAUCCCACGGCCUGCCAACGGUCGUCUUCUUCAUUGUUGGUGCAAGGACGAUAUCUUUUAUGUUCCAUAUGAUCAAGAACGCCAGCAGUAAGUUCCCGUUCGAAGCAAUUCGUUUUCAUGAUUACGAGUUGGCAAAAAUUGGGAAGGCAGCAGACGAUUCCACAGCCCGCGUGAAAGACGAAGAUAGGGUUUUACAAAGUGUUGAGAGGUCCUCCAACUUUAUCUUGUUGAAGACCUUUAGAGAGAUGGAUGGGAAGUACAUGGAUUAUCUCUCAAGUCUCUCGGGGAAAAAAGUGUUAACUGUUGGUCCACUUGUGGAAGACCCUGACAACAUGGAAGAUGGAGAUAGCAUUAUUGAGUGGCUUGACAAGAGAGAGCAAUCGUCUACUAUUUUUGUGUCAUUUGGUUCUGAAUACUUUCUCACUGAGAAAGAAAGAGAAGAGAUUGCUCAUGGAUUGGAGCUCAGUAAUGUCAACUUCAUUUGGGUCAUUAGGUUUCCCGUAGGAGAGAGCAUCGAGCUUGAAGAGGCAUUGCCUAAGGGGUUCUUGGAAAGAGUAAGAGAUAGGGGAUUGGUGAUAGAUGGAUGGGCACCGCAAGGAAAGAUUCUGGAGCAUCCAAGCAUCGGUGGGUUUGUGAGUCAUUGUGGAUGGGGCUCCCUUAUGGAGAGCAUGAAGUCCGGGGUCCCGAUCAUCGCAAUGCCGAUGCUACACGAUCAGCCGUUAAAUGCUCGGAUGGUCGAGGAGGUUGGGGUCGGAUUGGAGGUGAAGAGAAAUGAGAGUGGAGAGCUUGAGAGAUUGGAGAUUGGGAAGGUGAUCAAAGAUGUGGUGGUGGAGAAAGAUGGGGACAGUGUGAGGAAGAAGACAAAAGAAAUGAGUGACAUUAUUAGGAACAAAGGAGAGGAGGAAUUAGAUGAAGUGGUUGAUGCAUUGGUCCAGCUUUGUGCGAGAUGUACCGAACAAUCCACAUCAUAGGUAUGCAAAUGGGUACGGGAUGCGUCUAUAGUCCCCCCAUGGUAACAUUGUCAUUGUAAUGCUGUGCAACAAUAAAGGUUGAUGCUAUUUUCACUCUCAUUUUAGCUAAAA